GCCGUUUCACCCGCGUACACCAUCCAUGUCCCCUGCCGGGCGGCUACAGGCACAUCCGAUUUCUCCCUGCACACGCACACUCAACUCCGGUCCCGGGUGUCGGUCGGAGUCGGUUGGCUGGCUGGUUUGUUCACCUGCGAUCGGCUUAAGCGCGCUCAGUUUUAGUGCAGGAGCAGUGGCGACCGAACGCGUGCAGGUCUGUUGGUGUUGGGGUAGUUUUCAUGAAAGCUCGCGAGUGCCGUCCCGUACCGUCGUAUGCGUUUUGUGGGUCGGAAUAGUGGUGGUUAAUACAAAGCAACAAAUACAAGGCGGAGAAAAAAAAUAAUCAAGAAACACAAAACAGUGCCAAACAACAAGUGUGUUCGAGCGCCAGCAAGUGCCGGACCGUGCUGUGAAUUGUUUGUCGUCGGUAGUGUCUUUUGGUUGUACCGUGUAAGUGUGCCGAUAUUAUUGCAUUAAGAUUUCUGCACUUCAUCUUUAGCAAACAUCACUUGAAAACUACACUGCGAGGAGAAGGCAAGCAAAUCGAGCUCCGUGGCGGAUAAAGGUUGUACCGAGAAAAAUCGGUCCUCGGAAAAAAACCAGUUGGAAAAAUAAGCUACCAAAAAAAAAAAAGGUAAUUAGCAAAUGUCCCGUGGCACCAAAACUGUUCGUGACGUCAAGAUUUGACUCCACCAUGCUACCUCUACUUUGCUUGGCCCUGGUGCUAAGCACACUGAUCCCCUCGUAUGGAUUGCCGAACGGUGCCCCAACCUCGGUCUGUGAGAGUAUGCUACCGUUCCAUGGUGGUGGCAUCCCACCGCUGACCACCAAAUCACCGUUCACACUCACACCUCAAUCGUCCGUGAUUGGGAGCGGUCAAACGUUGCGGCUCGAUAUCGAAUCCUUCCCGGCCAACAUAGUGUUCAAGGGUUACAUGAUCCAGGCACGUGCUGCCGAUCCACCGAACAACAUUGUCGGUCGGUUCGAAAACACCGAUUUGGCGGCGAUCAAGCUGAUCGACUGUCAGGCGGAGGGAGAUACGGCCACCCAUACCUCGACCAGUCCGAAACAGGAGCUAACGCUCGAAUGGACCGCCCCGGAUAACUUUGUUGGGGACGUGAUCUUCAACUCGACGAUCGCGCAAGAUUACGACAAGUUUUGGGUGGGUCUGCCGUCCGAGCGGGUGCGUGUGGUGGCUAGCUCAACUACGGCAGCACCCGGAACGGUGACAACCAAGCGUCCGACAACGACCACAACCGUUCCACCGUACCGGCCACCGGUAACAUCCGCACCGGUUGCAGGAGACCCGAUCUACGAUGCGUGUGGACAGAGCAAGGGAUGCUUCGGGUUUCCGGAAGGUUGUGUCGAGAGCAAGAACUGUCGAGCGGUGGCCACGAUCGCGGUGCUGGGAGCACGCUACGUGUUCGAGAUGAAGGCGGGAUACAACAGUCCAGCCUACAUCGCCCUUGGAUUGUCCGAGGAUGCCAAGAUGGGUGAAGAUUCCGUGAUCGAGUGCGUACCUGAGCAGGGUACAGUGAACGCUUACGCCUCGUGGACCACCGUUGGACCGUACGGAUCAACGCGGCUCGGUGUGCCCCAAAACAUCUUCCAAGUGCUGGAAAAAUCGUACAACGAUGGUGUGAUUUACUGCAAAGUGGAACGCGACGCGAUCAGCACAGUCAAGGGCAAGAAGUUUGAUCUGGUCAACGAUAAGUUCCAUCUGCUGAUUGCGGCUGGCUCGUCGGUGGAAUCUACCAACGUUAACUAUCACGACAUCGGUCGUCACGUGUCCGGUAGCCCGCAGUCUCUCGCCGAGGUAGGACCGGUGCAGGGAUCGUCCAAGUUGCUGCUACGCUUACACGGUGCCUUCAUGAUCACGGCCUGGAUCGGUACGGCUUCGCUCGGCAUCCUGCUCGCCCGCUACUUCCGCCAGACGUGGGUCGGCAGUCAGAUGUGUGGCAAAGAUCAGUGGUUUGCAUGGCAUCGAUUCCUGAUGAUCGUCACGUGGGCUCUCACAGUCGCCGGUAUUGUGGUGAUCUUCGUGGAGAUUGGCGGCUGGUCACAGGUGCGCAACCCGCAUGCCAUUCUGGGCAUGGUCACGACCGUGCUAUGCUUCCUGCAACCGAUCGGUGCCUUCUUCCGGCCACAUCCCGGCUCGAGCAAGCGGCCCAUCUUCAACUGGCUCCACUGGUUGGGCGGUAAUUUGGCGCACGUGAUCGCGAUCGUUGCCAUCUUCUUCGCCGUCCAGCUGCAGAAGGCCGAACUGCCCGAAUGGAUGGACUUUAUGCUGGUCGCGUUCGUUGCGUUCCACGUGUUUAUGCAUCUGAUCUUCUCCAUCUUCUCUUGGAUACAGAUCGGUGGCUGUGUGAGCGAGCGAAGAAGCGGCCAGCGUGUGACGUCCUUCCCGAUGGCCGAUAUGACUCCGUCGCGAAAUUCUGUCAGCUCCAGCGAGAGGAAACAGGAUGCUGCUUUCUCUGGCUUCCGCAAGUCGAUGCUGUUCCUGUACAUUCUGAUUGUGCUCGGUCUGGUCAUCGCUAUGGUGGUGAUCGUCGUUCUGGCACCGAUCGAAGCUGCCUACAACAGUAUCAAGGAUCAGAUCAUGAACUAAAAGAAGAAACAGCGCCAGCCAUCGAAACAGGAAUAACUCAAGCGCAGUAAUCUGAACGGUGCAAGAAGUAAUGACUAACAAAACACGUCAUCUGUUAAUCGAGCGAAGGAUAUCCAUCUGCGGUGCGGUUUGGUGUUUACUAUUAUACUAUUCUAGAGAGAUCACUCUAGCAGGCCAAUAGUAGAAGCACACAGCACAGGUUCCGAGAUCAGGCAGGGAAACCGCAGGGUGUAAGUCAAACGUCCAAGCAACAGAACCAACAACGAAUAGGUUUAUGUACGCGCGAACAUUUGCUAAGCGAUAUUGUAGAUAACAGUGUGUUUUUUUGUUUGUUUAAAAUCCUUCCCUUCCCGAUCCUUCCAAAACCCUCGUCCUCGUCCUUCCGUUUUGUCGUAAGUGAUCAAUUUUUGAAUGUGUAUUAUUAUGUCGAAAAGCGAGUGAGAGAGAGAGAGCGUCCAUUCGGUCCCACAGAGAGUAGUAUCCCUCCACAAACCCCAGCAAAAAACCAAGCGUCGGGUAUCGAAAUUACAACUUUCGCCCGUUUUGUUUUCAUAUCCCGAGAUGUACAGAGUUAAGAUGUGAAAUAUUUAUAACGAAAGUAUAGCCGUUGUCGUAGUAGAGCGAAUGUGUGUCUUAAGGUCCGCGUCUUAAGGGAAUCAACACAGUUGCUGUAACUGUUAAGCAUUUUUGAAAGGAAAAGAAAGUUCGUGCCUUCGUGUAAGAUUACUUCCGUCCUGUUCCGGUGUCUUCCGGGGGCGAAAUUCACGCUACUGUUGUUGUGUUUGUCCUGCUUCCUUUCCCUUUUCUGUUGUUUAAUAAUAACCAUCCUCAUUCGUGUAGGCUGGUAGGGAUGUGGAUGGUAGCAGGAGAAAAAAAAGAUCAACCCAAAAAACCAAGCCCAAGUUUCUAAAAAACAGACAACCGAAAACAAAACCAGUACUGUAUUAUGCAUGACACGGAACACGAUGCACAUUCGCCAGGGAGGCAGACAGGCAGGCAGAGGCAGGCUAGGCUUUCUAGAGCGUAUUUAAGUUGAAACAUAAUAAAUGUUGCCAUUGCUAAAACGUUAUCUGUAAA